ACAUUGUUAAGCAUGUUUAGCUGGAUAGUAAAGGUGGUUCCUCAGCCACCAAACCCUCAACAAACCACGAGUGUGGAAGAAAAGGGAGAACAACAGCCAGAAUCUAUACCACAAGCAGCAGUUCCUACACCUCGGAUACCUGAACCAGAAAAACAACCUACUAAGUGUGAAGAACAGCCCAUGACAACAGCUGGUGAUGAAAAAAAGGAAUUCAUACGCGUUUCAUCUGAAGUACCAGCAGAACCACCUAAGGUUCCUGAAUCCACCACAGAGAAGAGCUCCUCAGAAAUGGUGUUUACCUGGCUAGCACAUGGUUUCAGCAAAAUGAUGCCCCAGCCCACAGACAGCCCAAAGACAUCAAGAGCCAGCAUCCUCAUGCCAGUUGCCAGCAGCACCAGCUCAGAUCAGGUAAAUACCAUCCUAAUGAUUCUUCAUAUUUAG